AUGUCCCGUGAGGAAGCUGUGCUCAGCUCAGGUCCCCAUCUGGUCCCCGUGAGCUGUCGCGGCCCAGAGCUUGCCGGCAGCCCAGCACGAAGAAAGCACAAGAUUGGGAGCAAAAAUCCUGGAGGAGAGGAAGUUGCAAGGGAACGUUGCCUCAGCCGUCACCCAGGGGAGGGCGAGCCUGACAGCUGCGGAUGGAACGGGACAGACUCAGCUCCCCAAAGGCCACCCAGCUGCCAUUUAAGCUGUGACAUGCCACAGCAGGGAUGCGGCCCCCCAGUCCACGAGGAAGUCUCGGUCUCCUGCCCAGCUGUGCUGCGGCCCUGGGGCCCCGCCGCGCCCGUCCCCCGCCUGCGCAGCGAGCGUCCCCGCGACCCACCGCGGAGGCCGAGCCCCCCUUGCUCCCCUGGCGGCGGCGCGUGCCUCCCUCCGGCUCCGCCCGCGGCCCCUUCGUUUCCGUGCGGUGCUAAGGGCUCGGCCGGGGCAGCCGCGAGGGGCAGGCGCGAGGGGCAGGCGCGAGGGUCGCCUCCCGUCGGCCUAGGGCGCGGUGGCCCGGAGAGGAGGGCAGGACGGCUGGCCGGAGCGCGCCUGCACGGAGGUGGAGCUCUGCACGGCUGGGGGGGGGGGCUGCGCCGCCCCCGAGCACCGCGGGCCGUCGGGCCGGCCUGGCGGCGCCAAACGCGGUGUCCUUUGGGCCCCGAGUGGGACCAGAGUCCCGGAUGCGACUUCGCCAGAAGCUUCUCCCCUCCCCGCCGCGGCUUGAGCCCCUCCCGCGGGCCCGGCGCCCCUUGCUUCCCCCUGCGCCCCCGGACGCAUGUGCGGCGACAGGCUCGGCCACAGCCAGCCGCGGGCCGGGCCACCGCUUCGGGCCUCGGUCGCCGUCGUCAGAAACGAGACAACACGCGCAAAUGGAGUCGCUUAUGCCCAUCCCCACGUGCCCAAGCCAAGACUCCAGUUCCAGCCUCCGCUCCCCAGACACGGAAUCGGAAGGUCCGUGACCUGGGAGGUAACAGACCCAGGCCAGCCCCCGAGGCCGCGGCUUUGCACCGCCAACCUGCUGUUUUGCCGAUUGUGACUUCCUUGUCCCUGCGCCCUUCUGCCCAUGACCUUGCGCUUUGUUCCGCGCCUCGGAACUCCUCUCCGUCGGCUAGAUGGGCUGUUGCCUGA